CGACUCCUCGUAGCACUGUUUACUAUUCCUAGACCAGCGCGGCUAGCCUUUUUCCUUUGAUAAGGGCUGAACAAACAGACUGACACUGAAGAGCAUUCGGUAGCAUCCACCUGGACGGACUUUCUGGUUUUCGACCCUUUGCUGGAUAGCGGAUCAGAUCUUGAAACAUGAGCUCUGUGGCAGUGUUGACUCAGGAGAGUUUUGCGGAGCACCGCGGUGGGCUGAAGGAUAUUGAGAUCACAGGUAUUGUCCCAGAAGAUGAAGCAUAUGUACCCACCUAUCUGGAAGCCUUUCCCCCAUUACCGGACAAGGGUUCUCCAGGAGAAAGGACUGGUGAGCCUUCAGGUGCCUGGAGCAAAAUCCGACCUAUCAAAGCCUCUGUCAUCACUCAGGUGUUUCAUGUCCCAUUGGAAGAGCGGCGGUAUAAAGACAACAGUCAGUUUGGUGAGGGUGAGGAGGCGAAGGUGUGCCUGGAUAUCAUGCAGAAGACUGGGGCACACAUUGAGCUUUCUCUAGCCAAGGACCAGGGUCUCUCUAUCAUGGUGACUGGAAAACUAGAGUCAGUUAUGAAAGCAAGGAAAGAGAUUGUUGCCCGAUUGCAGACUCAGGCCUCAGCGACUGUGCUUAUCCCGAAAGAACACCAUCGGUUUGUGAUCGGAAAGAACGGUGAGAAGUUACAGGAACUAGAGCUAAAAACAGCCACCAAGAUCACUAUCCCCCGCUCCGACGAUCCCAACGGCAACAUCCGCAUCACUGGUACCAAGGAGGGCAUUGAGAAAGCUCGCCAUGAAAUCCAGCUCAUCUCUGCAGAGCAGGAUAAGCGUGCAGUGGAACGUAUAUCUUUUGAGAAAGCUUUUCAUCCAUUCAUUGCUGGUGCAUAUAAUCGACUCGUUCAAGAGCUAACUCAAGAAACCGGGGCUCGUAUAAGCAUCCCACCUCCCAGCCUUCCUAAAGAUGAGAUUGUUAUCACCGGCGAGAAGGAAGCGGUCGCCAUGGCUGUCACCCGUAUACAGGCCAUCUACGAUGACAAGAAGCGAAAAACGACCACAAUUUCAGUCGAAGUAAAAAAGUCCCAACAUAAGUACAUAGUAGGCCCGAAAGGCAACACCAUUCAGGAAAUCUUGGAGAACACGGGGGUGUCUGUUGAGAUGCCUCCUCUUGAGUCCGCCUCUGAGACCAUCAUCCUCAGGGGGGAACCUGAUAAGCUGGGACCAGCCCUCACACAGGUGUACGCCAAGGCUAAAAGUGCAAUAGUGGUGGAGGUGAUUGCUCCGGCCUGGCUCCAUCGAUUCAUUAUUGGAAAGAAAGGACAGAACAUCGGCCGCAUUACGCAGCAAUUACCUAAGGUGCAUAUAGAGUUUACUGAUGGAGAGGAACGUAUCAGUUUGGAGGGUCCAACAGAAGAGGUAGAACAAGCCCAGGCUCAGAUGCAGGAGAUCAUCAAAGAUCUGAUGGCAAAAAUGGACUACGCAGAAAUUAACAUUGACCAGCGGUUUCACAGACAUCUCAUUGGCAAGAAUGGAGCCAACAUAAAUCGCAUAAAGGAGCAGUAUAAGGUGUCAGUAAGGAUUCCUCAGGACUCUGAACACUGCGGUCUGGUUCGUAUAGAGGGUGAUCCUCAGGGAGUACAGCUCGCUCGCAAGGAACUAUUGGACAUGGCCCAGCGUAUGGAAAAUGAACGAACGAAGGAUCUGAUAAUAGAGCAGAAAUUUCAUCGUACAAUCAUUGGACAGAAAGGAGACAAGAUCAAAGAAGUGAGGGACAAAUUUCCUGAGGUCAUUAUCAUCUUUCCAGACCAGCAGCAGAAAAGCGACAUUGUGCAGCUCCGGGGGCCCAAAAACGAAGUAGAGAAAUGUGCAAAGUUUCUGCAGAAACUUAUCACUGAGCUGGUUGAGAACAGCUUUUCAAUAUCUGUACCCAUCCCCAAGCAGUUUCACAAAAACAUCAUUGGCAAAGGAGGUGCCAACAUCAAAAAAAUACGUGAGGAGACCAACACAAAGAUCGACCUCCCAACAGAGAACAGCAACUCUGAAAUGAUUGUGAUCACGGGGAAGAAGAGUAACUGUGAAACUGCACGGGACAGAGUCCUGAGCAUAAAGAACGAGCUUGCCAACCACAAGGAGACAGAAGUUUCCAUCCCAGCCAAGCUGCAUAACUCUCUGAUCGGAUCGAAGGGCAGUCUGGUGCGGUCAGUGAUGGAAGAUUGUGGUGGUGUCCACAUCCACUUCCCUGCAGAGGGCUCAGGGUUGGACAAGGUCACCAUUCGCGGUCCUGCAGAAGAAGUGGAGCGAGCAAAGAGACAGUUAUUGCAGCUGGCGGAAGAGAAGCAAGUCAAUAACUUCUCAGUGGAGCUUCAGGCCAAACCCGAGUACCACAAGUUCCUGAUAGGACGUGGAGGAGCUAACAUCCGUCGCGUGCGAGAUCGAACCAGAGCACGGAUUAUCUUCCCCUCACCAGACGAGCCAGAUCAGGAGCGUAUUACUAUUGUGGGAAAAGAGGAAGCCGUACAGCUUGCCCAGAAAGAGCUGGAGAUCCUCAUCAAAAACCUGGAUGAUGUCAUUGAGGACACUAUGGUCGUGGACCCCCGGCAUCAUCGUCAUUUCGUCUGUCGCAGAGGGCAGGUGCUGAGAGAGUUGGCUGAGGAGUAUGGCGGCGUGGCCGUUAGCUUCCCGCGCACAGGCAGUUGCAGCGACAGCAUCACCAUCAAAGGACCCAGAGAUUGUGUGGACGCUGCUAAGAAGCGCAUUCAGGAGAUUGUUCGAGAUCUGGAGUCGCAGGUGAACAUUGAAGUGGUGAUUCCCCAGCGGUACCACAGGGCCAUCAUGGGACCCAAAGGUUGCAAGAUACAGCAAAUAACACGAGAGUAUGAAGUCCAGAUCAAAUUUCCAGACAGAGAUGAGUCUGCAGCUCAGGAACCUGUGUCUCAAGAGAACGGUGAUACGGACAUCAUCCCUCGGAAGUGUGACAUCAUCACCUUGACAGGACAGGCGGAAAAGUGUGAGCUGGCGCGUGCAGCCUUGCUCGCACUGGUUCCUGUGACGAUUGAUGUUCAGGUCUCCUAUGACCUUCACCGUUACAUUAUAGGACAGAAAGGCAGUGGAAUAAGAAAGAUGAUGGAGGACUAUGAGGUGAAUAUUUGGGUUCCUCAGCCUGAACAACAGUCAGAUAUCAUAAAGAUCACAGGUCAGGUGCCAAGUGUGGAGCGGGCCAGACAUGGGCUGCUGGAGAGAGUCAAAGAACUACAGGCCGAACAGGAGGAUCGGGCUUUACGAAGCUUUAGGCUGACGCUCUCGGUAGACCCCAAAUAUCACCCUAAAAUAAUAGGUCGUAAAGGAUCUGUAAUUUCCCAAAUACGCAAAGACUACGAUGUGAAUGUGCAAUUCCCAGACAAGAACGACGAACAGCAGAAUAUAAUAGUGAUUUCUGGGUAUGAGAGGAAUGCUCAUGAGGCCAGGGAGGCUAUAGAGCAGCUGGUGGCCUCCCUGGAAGAAAUGGUAAGUGAGGACAUCCGGCUGGACCGGCGCGUCCACGCUCGCAUCAUCGGAGCACGUGGCAAGGCCAUCAGGAAGGUCAUGGAGGAGUUUAAAGUUGAUAUACGGUUUCCUCAGCCAGGUUCUGAAGAUCCAAACAAGGUUACAGUCACAGGUCUACCAGAAAAUGUUGAUAAUGCCAUUGACCAUUUGCUCAACUUGGAAGAAGAAUAUAUGUUGACCGUCACGGAGACUGAGACUAUGGCAGCUUAUAUGAAGCCUCCGUCCAAGGCGAUGGUGACAGGAGGGAAUGAUGAUGAUAAAGCCCUUGCUAAAGGCUUUGUUGUACGGGACGCCCCCUGGAAUGCACAGGGAAACAAGGCACCUGACAUGAGCAGUGCAGAGGAGUUCCCAACAUUCGGAGCUGGAAUAGCACCAAAACAGACGUCUGCUUGGGGACCCAAAAAAUGAAUAGACAUUUUCUGACUAGAUGUCUCUUCAGAGCUCACCAUCUCUUUGGUACUUGAAAAUGAGAACAUUCCCGUGUUUUUUGGUUUUGUUCUUCUCCUGGUGCCCUUGAAGGAUCGCCUUCACCUUCCUUUGCCGGAACAUUUGUGGAAAGAUGUUUUUAACCCUUCUCUGUCCACAGAUGGUCGCACUUCAGCUAGAACAUCAAGUGGCAGUGUCCUCAUCCACCUGUUGUUUGUAAAUAGUCAAUUUGAAGAUGGGUGACUUUGAUGGUCAGGUGACUUGUAUACAUUUAUUUCUUGAACCAUUUAUGGCAAGAGGACCCCUAGUUCACUGUGUAUGAGUUUAUUUUUGAAAUCCUUGAUAGUUUUUACUGUUUUUAAAUGUGCACUCUGCAGCAGCCUUUAUUAUGUACUGUAAAAAAGAUUCAGAUGCACUUACAAAACUCUCAAUACUCAAGGCUGAUCAAUACUGAACUUUUGUUUAUAUAUUUUUUGUAUUUAUUAGGGUAUUUAUAUGCCUGUUAUUUAUCGACUUUGCUCAAUGAAUGAUUACUAUUUUAGGUAUUAUUUAGUUUUUUGUGCUUUUAAAUUAGUUUUUUGUGUGGUCCAAAGUUUUUUCAAAGACUUCAUGUGAUUUCUGUUUAUUGAAGUCAAAGGUUUAUGAAGGGAUUUGCAGUUUGCAUGUAAAGUCAGUUUUACUUCACUUGUAGUUUUUACAGUUCAUCAGAAGUGUAGGAAAGCAGGUUUGUGGUUAAGAUGGUAUAAAGUUGCAUUUUUUCAAGACAAAACUGUAAGUGGGAAUAUUAAAUCAGUUUUUUAGAGUCAAA